GUGACAGCGAAUUGUCCGCAACCUCAAGAAGGCGCCACCAACAGCAGCUACAAAAAGCUGCAACCGCACUGAGAGACGCACAUUGCCGCCUCUGCCUCAAGCCCCUGCUGCUGUGACGGCCGUGCCAGGAUGAAGCCGUCCUCGCAGCGCGCACCCACUUCCUUUGUUGAGGUGACGCUCGACAACUCGGAUUUCCGGAAGAACCACUUCUCAUACAAGGAGCUCUUUGCCAACACCAGUCAUGGCAAUGGCUCAGACACACCUUCUGUUGCUGCUGGCCCAGGCGACCCCUCUGAGGACUUGGCGGGGCUCAUGGAUGACAGCGAUGGUGCCCUAACCACUUCCCGUUUCGAUCUUGCCGGCCUUGCUCAGCGCUGGUGUACUCCGAGCGCAGCCUCGACAUCCUCACGCUCACGCAAACCCAACGAGGACGAGUACGAUGUUGACGACGACUUUAUCGACGACGGCAGUGCCCAGGGAUGGCACGGGCAGUCAUUCACCACAACGUUUGGCACCUUCUACGUCUGCAAGGGGACGGUGAAUCCAACAGUCCAAGAUGGCGCCGACAGCGACGAUGGCGGUGCUGUGUUGCUCGGGCCCGGCGCGCAGCGAACACCAGCGGGAAGUGCUAACGCAACGAAGAAGGUCGCGACGAAGAAGAAGAAGAAGAAGAAGAACCCCACGGCGACGACGCAGGCCUCCACCGCAACCACACCGGCUGCGAAGAAGAAGAAGAAGGCCAGCAAGCAGCAGCAAGGGGCCACAGCAACGGCAGCUGGGGGCAAGAAAGGAGGAAAGGCGGGGACACCAGCAAGCAAGAAGGGCGCGAAGCGAACUGCAGGCGAAGCAGACUCGGCAACACCGAAUGCAACGGCGGCAAAGAAGAAGAAGAAGAAGAAAGUUACCGCCACAACGACAGCAGCUGACACCAAAGCGACACCACCAAAGAAGACGGCGACAGCAGCAGCAGCCAAGAAGCGUGCAUCCGCAAAUGGCGGUGCUGGCGGUGACAAGCCGGCACCAAGCGCGCCCGCGAAGAAGAAGAAAGCAAAGGCAAAGACGCUACAGGACAAGGGCGAGGUCAAGAAGAAGAAGAAGAAAGUGACACCAGCGGCAGGGAAGACGGCGAAGAGGCGUGCAAGUGAUGCGGCAGCAGGAGAUACGACGCAGCCAAUGAAGAAGAAGAAGAAGAAGAAAACUGCAGCGAAGGCAUCGGCAGCAGCAACAGCGGCCAGCGCCGAUGGGAGUGGAGCGUCGAGUGCAAGCAGCAGCGCGUUUCCAUCGCCAGUGAAGAAGAAGGCAAAGAAGACAAAGAAGACAGCAGCAGCAGCAGCAGAGGACAAGGAAGUGGCGGUCAAGUCUGAGGCGAUAGCGGCCGGAGAAAACAUCCACUCACUGCUGAAGAACACUGCCGGCAAAGCAGCCGAGACGACAGGUGGUGGUGACAAUGGAACCACGACAACAACAACCGCAAUGACAACCCCGCCCUCGACAACUGUGAAGAAGAAAACAGCGAGGAAGACACCAAAGGGGUCAACAUCGUCGGCCGGGAAGGGGGCAGCUCGCAAGUCCACUGGCAGCGCCAAGGCAGGUAAGGGCAGCACCAGCAGCAGAGCAAGCAGCAGCAGCAGCAGUAGCAGCAGCAGUGGCGGUGAAGGCACCACGACAACAGCAACAGCAGGCGCAAAGACAGCGACAGCAAAACAGCGGCCGUCUUCAUCGUCGUCGACGCAAAAGAAGUCGGAGAAUGACGAAGUGGCGGAGGACAACGGGGAUGCAGCAGCAAAGGAAGCACAAGAGAAAGAGGAGGCAGCAGUAACGCUGUCAUCGCUGCCGGCGGAUUUGCAAACUGCUCUCAACACAACACUUGACAUGGGCAAGGAGCUGGAGGGGAAACAGCGCGUCCCCCACAGCAUGAACGAUCACCUCGUCAAACUUGCUCAAAUUGCACGGGAACAUGACAACCUCAAGGCUGUUGCCGGCGUGCUGUCUGCGCUGUUCCCCGUGAAGAUCACGAAGCGUUCGUGGGAGGAGCGCAUGUCAAAGGCGUGCAAGGACGACAAAAUCAAGCAGCUUGCUGCCAACGUGGAAGCACAGCUCACCCAUUUCAAACAAGUUGUUGCCGAGGAGGUGCAGCGGUUGGAGCCGGAAGCGAAACGGCAGCAGGCGGAGCACGAACACAUGCGGGAGGAAGAGAGCGCAGCAGCGACCACCAGUGCGCUCACACCCACGGUGCAGGCCAGCCCUGAUCUUGGAUCCCAGCCGUCGUCGUCAUCAACACCACCCUCAGCAGCAGCAGCAGCAGCAGCAGCAUCCUCGUUGUCAACGCCGUCGCAAACACCAGCGAAACCGAAGCGGAAGGUGUUCAAGUACAAGUUUGACUGGAGUGCAACGUUUGUGGCAGAGUUGCAGAGACUGUGCAGCGUGGAGAUGGAGUUGAUUUCGGCGCAGGAAAAGCGGCGACGGAAAUCAGGCACAGCACCCGACCAGCAGCUCCGGGACUAUCUGAAGGAGAUGGUUGUGCCGCUGUUCCCGCGCAAAUGGGUGGACAUUCCACUGCUUGUGCGCAUCUUCAAGACGGGAAGCGCAGACGUGCGGCGGCCACGGAAAUCGGUCGACGCAAAGGGCGAAGGGAAGACAAAGGGCAAGGGUGCUGAUGCCGACAAAGCGGGUGAUGGGGAGACGCGGAAGAACAAGAAGGGGAAGGGCAGCGGGAGUGAUGAUACCGGUGACGAUGAGAGCGGACAGCACGAAAAGCAGCAGCAGGAGCGACAGGAUGAGGAUGAGGAUGAGGAUGGUUCCGUUGAGGUGGUGAAGGAGGAGGAAUCAGCAACACAGCAGUCGUGACAGCGGUGCGGUGCUAUUGGCAUGUGGUAUCAUGGACGCCAACACAUGUGUGACAUGAAGUGCCGUGAACGAGAGCUUUCUCGACUUUAUCGCCACGACCACACAUGCACCCUCGCGCACGAUGCUCACAUGCCUUUUCGUUGGAUGUGUCUUGGUCGUACAACCACAUGCUUUUGCAAUGCUUGUACGACCAGCCUUCGCCACUUUCUUGUCACACGCACACACACACACACACACACACACACAC